UUCUCUCUUCUUCAUCCAACUCCGACAAGUCGCACAAUUCUUCUAGCUUACAAUAACUUGUCUAGCUACUAGUUCCUUUCAAACUCACCAUGGCAAUCACCACAUUCACCGACCAACACUCUUCACCAAUCCCUCCUUCCAGGAUCUUUAAGGCGUCCAUCCUCGAUUCACACAACUUGAUCCCCAAACUCAUGCCACAGGCCAUCAAGAGCAUCGACAUCCUUCAAGGCGAUGGAGGUGCCGGAACCAUCAAGCAGAUCAAUUUUGCCGAAGGUAGCCCUUUCAAGUACGUGAAGUAUCGUAUCGAUGAGCUGAAUGAAAAGACAUUGACAUACGGUUACACAUUAGUCGAGGGCGAUUCUUUGGAGGACAAGCUUGAGAAAAUAACUUAUAGCGUUCAAUUCGAGCAGUCGGCUGAUGGAGGUUCCAUUUGUCAGGUGACGAGCAAGUACUACACAGUCGGAGAGUUUACGCUGAAAGAAGAGGAAGUGAAGGCAGGCAAGGAAAGAGUCUUGGCAAUGUACAAGGCUGUCGAAGCUUUCCUCGCUCAAAAUCCAGAUGCCUAUGCUUAAUUUCUCUUAAGUGCCUGCUGUUUUGAUUUACAAAUGUUCUUGUUGUUGUCUCACUUGUGUUUGGCAAGUAGUUUGCACCCUUUGUUUUGAAAGUCAAUAAUAAUGACAUCUGUUGUGUGAUAAA